UGUUAUAAACGUGGCUAAUCGGUGUGUGAGACGUGGGCGGACGUGGGACUGGAGUAGCGGGGUUUGGUUCAGACGGUCGAUUCCAGCAGCUUACAGGAACAGCUGAAUUUAUACUGAUUGGUUGAUCACUGAUCUUUCUGUGUUUACUCUGUAACUGGAAUAAUGUUCAAAGCCAUUUUUUGUGCUUGUUAUUCUACUCGGCUCCUUUUCCAAGGUUGUAUAACAACGGUUCUCCCCUUCAUGCGAAUGCUGAAAAGCCAUGCUUCAUGACAUUGUUAAAUAAUCAUGGAAAUGUGAUUUUAAGGGGGACACAAUUGUUUCAAAAAGACACUUAAGCGUGGAUUUUGUUACAGCCUUACAGGUCGAACAACAACCAUCUAACAAUGAUGUUGAAAUUUUACAGUUUAAGUGGUGAAACUGAGCAUAAUGGAACCAGAAUGCAUACCAUCAGGAACAACUCCCUCCUUCUCCUGUGUCUGACCUCUGACUCAGAAAGCAGCACUUCCCUCAGACCACCGAUCCCGCCCCCUGCAGAGGAUUGGAUUCCCCGGCAGUCUUGGGGCGGGAUUCCUUCUCCCACAGCCACCAAAACAUUGCAAAACCCUCCAUCUGGGGCCUGGAAGCAGCCGAUGACACCAAAAGCUAAUAAAAAAGAGGAAAACUCGAGUUGAAGUUCCAGCAGGUCUUGUGAUCAUGGCAGAUGAGGAAGCCAUCAGCCCAGCCCAGAGCCCCUUGGUCGCUGUCACCUUUCAGAGAAAUGUCCACAGGAAGGAGAAGUACCUGGAAGCUGAACCAAAAGCUCUUGGGAUAACUCAGAUCGGCCUCAGUGUGUAUAAGAUCAUCUGUGUUGGCAUGUUUCAGGCUCAAGGCCUGAGUGAACUGUCGACUGACAUACCUUUCUAUAUUGCAUCACUGCUGAUAGUUAUAGCUGGGAACAUGGCUGUAGCAGCGAAGAACCUCCACCUGCCAACGAUAAAACUGGGACAGGGGCCAGAAUAUCCAGUCCAAGCUGUUCACCUUGUUUGGGGCUCUUCCUUUGGGGUCCCAGUAGCCCCAUUUUCACCAAGAGGUCCGACUCAGGAGCUGAGGGCCUGUUUGGGGAUGCAGAUUGUGGCGUGUGGCGCCUCCAUCUUCAACAUCAUCUGCAGUUUGAUCAAAAUGGAACAAAUGUCCUUUUACUGCUGGCGUUAUUACUAUGACAACGAGAGCACCACGACGCCUUAUAAUGACAUCUGCCAACAGAUUACGAACGUCCAUUCCCACUUCUACGCUGGCGGAGUGCUCAUCCAGGUGACGCUGCUGGCCAUCUCUGCCACUCUGGCAGCCUACAGCUGCAAGGUGGUCAACUGUUGUGGACCUGCUCCAAAAAUCCCAGUGAUCAGCAUACAAACCCCCCCAUCAAACAGCGUGGAGAACGCCCAGAAAAACACACAAGAAUGACGUGAAGCCACAAAGAAAUCUGCUAAAUAAACCUGUAUCGCUCAAUAUUUUCACAUUAACAUGGACCCAAUAACUUUGUGUGGAAGCAUAGAGCUGGUUUCCCAUGAAAGAAAAAAUUCGAACAUAUCACAUUACAACACGUUUUAUAGUGUGAUAUUUUUACUGUAAAAAUAUCACACUAGUUCAGUAGUUUAUCACAUUAUUACAUGAUAGUUUAUUGUAAAAACGUGAAACGUUUCACGUUAUGUUUCAUGUUUUUACGAUGAACUGCCAUUUUAUAGCCGUAAAACUGUGUUAUAACAUGGCACAGGUUUUAAGUUUUUAUGAUAAACUAUAAUGUUCUGAAGCUAUAUGUUUUACAUUUUUCUAAUAAACAGUCACAUUACUUCACA